AGGUAGCGACACCAUCGUCGUACGCGCAACAUAGGAUUUGGACAUGGGCGAUAGGAAGCCGAUGCAGUUGUGUUAAGGUUAAAGUUGCACGGACGUUUGUGAUUACAGUUCCCGAUUUGUUUCUGUUUUUGUUUUGUUUUUUUGUAAAAUGGGUGCGUAUUUGUCAGAACCAAUCACUGAAAAGGUGUCAACUGAUGAAACUGGCAAACGGGUGAAAUGUGGCGCGAGUUCAAUGCAAGGGUGGCGAGUUUCUCAGGAGGAUGCUCAUAACUGUCUAAUUAACUUUGACAAGAAUGACACAUCAUUUUUUGCGGUUUAUGAUGGGCAUGGGGGCCAUGAAGUUGCACAGUAUUGUGCCCAAAAUUUGCCAGAGUUUUUGAAAACUUGUGAGGCAUAUAAAAAGGGUGAUUACGUACAAGCUUUGAAAGAUGCAUUUCUGGGAUUUGAUGCCACAUUGCGUGAACCCGAGGUUAUUGCUAUACUAAAGCAAAUUGUCAAAGGGAAAGAAGAAAGCGGAGACAAUUCCGCAUCAGAGGAUGAAGAAAAUGUGAAGAAUCUGUUUGCUGAAGCUGAGAUGCCUCUGGAGCAAGUAAUGGCAAAAUAUCGCCGUGAUAUGAUUUCUUCAAGUACAAAAAAAUCGAAAGACGGUGAUGAUGAAAUAGGUGAUUAUCCAGACUUGGACAAGGAAAACAUACCUGAAGCCUCUGGAUCAGGAACAGCUGGCAUUAAGCUGACAGAUUGUGAGUCAGAUACAGAUGCAAACAGUUCAGAUUCUCAGGAGAAACCAUCAGCUGAUGGUGAUAGUGCAGCUGUUUCUGAUUGUGAUGCAAAUCACAAGCCCACAUCAUCUAAUGGUAAUGGAGAUAGUGAAACAGAACCACAUUCUAAAACUGAUUCACCUGAUGUCAUGGCUUCAGUUAGCGACAAAAAUAAGGAACCUCUUACAGGCAGUGACACUGAGACAGCAGAGGAAUUGAAAAUGAAGGAAGAAAUGAAUGGAGAACAUAAUGUAAAUGAUGAUCAGGGUGCUGCAAGUGGUGAACCACAAGGCAAAAGUUCUAAUGUUACUGGCUCAGAAGCACCAAUAAAAAAUGGUGAAGUCAGUGUAAGUGAAGAUAAAGAUGACACAUCUACAAAUGAAGAUAAAGGCAAAAGGAAAGCAAUGCCAAACUUAAACCAGUGCAUACUUAGGAAAUCUCUGAGACAACAUGCUGCAGUUGCAUUGUACCAUUCUCUUCUGGGUGGUCAGGAUCAAAGUGACAGUGACUCUGAUGAAGCAGAUGAAUCAUUCAAAGCAUUUGACAGGCUGCUGGGAGAUAUGACAAACCCGUUGUGCCUUCUGUCUAUAUUUGGUUUGUUUGGAAGAUUCUUCUAUAUUUGCAAACUGAAGAUUUUUAGCAUUAUAAAGUUUCUGAUUCCAAUAGGGAUCUUUAAUUUCCAUUUAAGCAGUGAGGAUGAGGAAGGAGAAAGUGGAAAGGGAGAAGAGGCAGAAGACGACUUAGAAGAUGAAGAAGAUGAGGAGGAAGAGGAAGAGGAAGAAGGAGACGAUGAGGACGAUGAUGAUGACAGUCUGGAUGCAGACGACGAGGAAGAAGACUUUGGCGCAAAAGUGACAGAAGAACCGGGAUCGGAUAGUGGAUGUACUGCAGUUGUGGCUCUACUGAAAGGGCAAGAACUCUAUGUAGCUAAUGCAGGAGACUCUCGAUGUGUAGUUUGUCGUAAUGGGCAAGCUGUUGAAAUGAGUUUAGACCACAAGCCAGAAGAUGAAUGUGAAUUGGAAAGGAUAGAGAAAGCAGGCGGAAAAGUUACUACUGAUGGAAGAGUUAAUGGUGGCUUGAAUCUGUCACGGGCUAUAGGUGAUCAUGCAUACAAACAAGCAGAGAAGCUUCCACCUGAGGAACAGAUGAUAACUGCACUACCAGAUGUGAGAACACUCAUGAUAGACCCCAAAGAAGAUGAAUUUAUGGUUUUGGCAUGUGACGGCAUAUGGAACUUUAUGUCAAGCCAAGAUGUUGUGGAUUUUGUACGCCCUCGUAUACUAGAAAAUCCAGAAAAACUAUCACAUAUAUGUGAAGAGCUGUUUGAUCACUGUUUGGCACCAAGUACAGUUGGUGAUGGAACUGGAUGUGACAACAUGACUGCUGUUAUUGUCCAGUUUUUAUCAGCAGAUGCUUCCUGCAAUGAAAAAUCAGGAAAACGCUGUUUAUCACCAAGACCUGAGGAAGAAUCCGUGAAGCGUCCAAAAACUGAAGAAGUGUCAACCGUGUGAAUUGUAUUUUAAGUCUUACAGUUGUUUAUCUUGCGAAAUCUCAGGUACACAGCUGAGUCUUCAGAUUCACAGUGCUAAAGACAAGUGAUGGUCACUUCUUUUCUGAAGGAAUUGAGAGACAUGUUCAUUUUUAUUUGAAGAGGAGUAAUCAUAUUAAGGAUUCUUUGUUUGAUUAGUGAUGUACUUGAGAUAUACAUACUUGACAGCACGUUUCUGUCCAAGCUAUGUGAAGAUUUCAGUUCUCUGCCUCAAGUUGCACAUAUAUUGUGAAAUUGACAUCAGUAUGUACAAUAUUUAUGUUCAAAUAUCAGACUUGGGAUAGUUGUAGAAGGUACACCCCAAGACAGUAUAUGUCCAGUUUUAUUGGAUAACAUAGUUAGAAAUGGUUCAUUUUAUCUUAUUUGUCAUUUUAAUAUAUUUUUCAAUAAGACUUUUUACUUUGAGAAAA